AUGCGACCGACAGGAGGACGGGCGACGACGCGGAAGCGCAAGGUCUACGACCGCUUCAUCCCGGACCGAGGAGCGACCAACAUGGAGAUCUCGGCCUUGAACCUCGAAGAUGACCUCUCGGGCCAUACGACGCCGUUCCAUGCAGCGCUGGGGAAAGCCGUCCUCGACGAGUACUCGGUCGCAACGGUCCCGAUCAUCGAGUUCCGGAAGCGCAACAAGGGCUUGAGCCCCUGGCGGCUCCCGCGCGCGCUAGGUGAUCCGUCCGCGUCCCUGCCAUCCUCGCCCGUCAUCUACCGCCCGAAGAAGAGCCUUGACGCGCCCAACCUGCUCGACGACUACUACACCAACGCGUUGACGUGGGUCAGCGCAGAAACCUUUGCGGUCGCGCUCGGGCCCGCCGUGUACCUCUACAACACCCGAACCAACUCGAUCUCGGAGCUCACGACGCUUCGAGGCGACGCCGUCGCGGCAACCUCGCUCCUGCAUCUUCCGCCCGGCGACCUUGCGAUUGGCACGUCCAGAGGUCAUACCGAGAUCUGGGACGUUGCAGCCGAACGCGUCAAAGUUCGAUAUCGCAGCCACAACUUCCGCGUCGGGUCGCUCGCCUCUGUCGAAUCCAUCCUCACGUCGGGGUCGAUGGACUCGAAGAUUAUCCACCACGAUACGCGCAUGGACCGCUGCCGGCCGUUAGCGACGCUCGGGGCCAUUUCGGAGAGCGACGGCACGUAUUUGGCAUCCGGCGCCAGCGACCACCUCGUGUGCAUCUGGAAAAAGGACUUCAACAGCCGGCGCCAGUUUCCGCUGCACACGAUUCGCGAUCAUUGCGCUGCAGUCAAAGCACUCGGUUGGCGGCCGCUCGGACCAAGCGCAGUGCUGGCGACGGGCGGCGGACGCAGCGAUCGUACGAUCAAGCAGUGGCGCAUCUCGGUCGACGCAUGCACCCUUUUGCGGUCGACCGAUGCUGGCGCGCAAGUCACGGGCCUUCUCUGGUCGCUGCCGCAGCACCACGCUCACGACGAGCUCUUGGCGUCGCAAGGUGGUGACGUCGUCGCAUACAGUGCGGCGUCCAUGGCCCCCUCGGCCAAGUACGUUGGCGAUGCGGUGCGAGUGCUUAACAUGGCGCAGUCGCCGACCGGUGGUUUGCUCGUAACGUCUGGGGCCCACGAGGUUGUCCAGCUCUGGGACGGACGUCCUCGACUAAAAUUUGGAACGGCGCGACGGCGCAAGACAGCACCCUCCUCGUCCUUGCUGGACGUUGGACAGAUCCGGUAG